GACUGCGUGGGUGACUCGCCUAUAAAAGCCGCUCUCGCCGCGUCUUAUCGCCACAAUCUCUUCCUGUUUUCGGCGCAGCUCUCGUCGCUUGUUGGUGGAACCGCAGUGAGUGCGAAGAUGGCGUCUACCAGCCGUUUGGAUGCUCUUCCAAGAGUCACAUGUCCAAACCAUCCAGAUGCAAUUUUAGUGGAGGACUACAGAGCUGGUGAUAUGAUCUGUCCUGAAUGUGGCUUGGUUGUAGGUGACCGGGUUAUUGAUGUUGGAUCUGAAUGGAGAACUUUCAGCAAUGACAAAGCAACAAAAGAUCCUUCUCGAGUUGGUGAUUCUCAGAAUCCUCUUCUGAGUGAUGGAGAUUUGUCUACCAUGAUUGGCAAGGGCACGGGAGCUGCAAGUUUUGAUGAAUUUGGCAAUUCUAAGUACCAAAAUCGAAGAACAAUGAGUAGUUCUGAUCGGGCAAUGAUGAAUGCAUUCAAAGAAAUUACUACCAUGGCAGACAGAAUCAACCUACCUCGAAAUAUAGUUGAUCGAACGAAUAAUUUAUUCAAGCAAGUGUAUGAACAGAAGAGCCUAAAGGGAAGAGCUAAUGAUGCCAUAGCUUCUGCUUGUCUCUAUAUUGCCUGCAGACAGGAAGGGGUUCCUAGGACAUUUAAAGAAAUAUGUGCUGUAUCACGAAUUUCUAAGAAAGAAAUUGGUCGAUGUUUUAAACUUAUUUUGAAAGCCUUAGAAACCAGUGUUGAUUUGAUUACCACUGGAGACUUCAUGUCUCGGUUCUGCUCCAACCUUGGUCUUCCUAAGCAAGUGCAGAUGGCAGCUACGCAUAUAGCACGCAAGGCUGUGGAGCUGGACUUGGUCCCUGGGAGAAGCCCCAUUUCUGUGGCGGCAGCAGCUAUUUACAUGGCCUCACAGGCAUCAGCUGAGAAGAGGACCCAAAAAGAAAUUGGAGAUAUUGCUGGUGUUGCUGAUGUUACAAUCAGACAGUCCUACAGGCUAAUCUAUCCUCGAGCACCAGAUCUGUUCCCGACAGACUUCAAAUUUGACACCCCAGUGGACAAACUACCACAGCUAUAAAUUAAGGUGGCUAAUAUCAAACUCCUAGGAACAUGGAACUUUGUUUGUUGUACAUAGCCAAUACCAAGUGCUGGGUUGAGCCUUUAAUGAGAAAAAAACAAAUACAUGGUACGCAUUCCAAGGCUAAAUAUUAUUGCUUGGCAUUCUGUAUGUAUAUACUAGUGAAACAUAUUUAAUGAUUUAAAUUUCUUAUUGAAUUUACUUUGUUUUGUGGCAAUCUAGGAAACUGUAUUUUGGAAAAUUCUUGAAUAAAACAUUUUUCAAAACU